AUGAAACAUGAAUCUCUUAAAUUAAAAGAUAUUCGUAAUGUUGUGAAAGGUUUAUUUAUACAUUUAUAUAAUGCAUUACAUCUUCUUGUUCAAUCUUGUGAUGAAUUAAAUAUUGACAAAAAAGCUUAUCGUUUAUGUACAGUAGUGUCUCGUCUUGUUAAAUAUAUUGAUAUUUUAACUAAUUGGUAUGUUAAAUUAAACCAGAAACGUUUUAAGGGUACUACAACAUUCGAUGAUUGUCUUGUUUUAUUAAAUGUUCUUUGUUAUAUUCUUUUAAUAAUGGCAAAAUUAAUGGCACCAUCUAUACAAUUUUUAUCUGAAUAUAUGUAUCAAAUAUUUAAAAAAUUGAUGACACAAUCAUUAUUGUCUUCUUCUGAGCAAGAAUUAAGUGUUCAUUUCAAAAUGAUUCCAAAAUCACAGUUAGUUUUUCGUAAUUGUCAUUAA